AAAAAAGAUGUCUUGCCUAUAGUCAUUGUGGUAGUCUGAAGCUAAGAUGGCGAGAGCUGUUCAUAAAGAGCCAGCUGAGUUCAACAUGGAUUAUGUGAAUCUACCUGACUCUUCAGUAAGAAUGCAAGCUAAUAAAGGAAAUCAGAAACCUGAUGUACCAGAUCCAAUGAGAAAGUUAUUCCGACUAGUCGGUGUUGGCUUUGGACUCCUUUGCAUCCUACAAGCUGCUCUCAAUGUUUCUCUCCGUCUGACACUCUUCAAAAUUGAUACUCAGCCGUCAACGACACACACCAUUUGCAGAAAUGAGACGGACAAUCGGAGACCAUUGAUUGGGCAGUAUAUCCAACUAGGAUGGGUGUAUUUCCAUACUAGUUUGUAUUAUAUUUCUUCCACCAAGAAAACCUGGCAAGAGAGUAGAAAUUUCUGUCAGCUACAAGGCGCAGAUCUGGUGAUUAUAAACACCAAAGAGGAACAGGACUUUACAAGACAGUUUAACAGGCUCACAUGGCUUGGACUUCGCAAUAUAACCAAGAGAAGGAGGUGGACAUGGGUGGAUGGGACUACGCUGACCAAAAGCUACUGGGGGCCUGGAGAACCGAACGGUUUUGAAGGCAAAAUUGAAAACUGUGUGGAGAUACGAUUCUUUGACCUUGAAAACAGCUGGAAUGAUAUACCUUGUGAAGAACAAAACUUUUGGCUCUGUGAGAAAGAGGCAACCCUGUGAAUAAAACCAAAGCAAGAAAGCUGAAACGGACCUGAAGCUUACUGAGCUCAAAGUCAUGACUUAUAAUCAGUAGAUGUAAAGCUGGUGUAACAGUUUUAUGGCUCUGGAAAAGAGUCUAUGAGAUUUAGACCUUAGUUUUUAGUAAAAUCUUGUUGAAGUUUGUUCACCAAGAGGUUUUUAAAAUGAUCAGAAAGUACAUUUGAACAGUUUUUACUUAAAAAGCUGAAUUAACAUCUCACAGUUUAAACACAUGCAGACACAAACCUACACAUUCCCCUGAACUGAAGAGACUAAAUCAACAGUACAUCUCUACAUUUCUUUUAUCCCAUAUAUUGUUCAACAGCCAUAUAUGUUUAUAACUAUCAAUGCAAAUUAUUGUAAUUUAUUUUCUUAAUCUUAUAACAUUUGUUUUUUUGCUCAUCUUUGCAUUAUAUUGUUUGUCUAAUAUCCACUGUCCUUUAUGUUAGUCUUGGAAUAAAAGAAUCAAAACCAA